CGCAAAACUCCAUCCGGACCGAAGGAAUCUUACAUCGCAAAGGAGAGUAGGGGAAUUUUUGUUUUCGCAGGUGGUCUGCUUUAUGAUUCUUGUUAAACGCAUCACUCCGGCUUGAAGAACGUCGCAACUUAUCGCCUUUUUUUCUCAUCCCUCCACCCGUUAUCCUGUCUCCUUACUCUGACAGCCCCUGUUCUCUCUCCUUCUCCGCGAUUUCUUAUUGUCGAGGCUUUCUGUGUCUAUAGACUAUGGCUGCCGUUGAAACCUCUUCAACUGCUAAUUUAAGUGCGGAAUAUGACUACGUUGUUGUUGGAGGUGGGACAUCGGGACUUGUGAUCGCUUCGAGGCUGACCGAAAAUAAGGACGUUCGUGUCCUGGUCCUCGAGGCGGGCGCGAACCGCGUAGGCGACCCGAAGAUUUCUAUCCAGGGCCUUGCGGCCGCUCUGUAUUUUGACCCAGACUAUGAUUGGUGCAUCACUACAGAGCCUCAGGUCGGGCUUAACGACCGCAGGCUAGCACAACCUCUAGGGAAAACUCUAGGUGGGUCCUCGGCUAUCAACCUUGGUAUGGUUAUCUACCCGUCUAGGUCAGGCUUCGACACAUGGGAUAAGCUGGGGAAUCCAGGCUGGGGGUGGGAAACUAUGGAAAGCUAUUUCCGCAAAUUCCACACAUUUAGUGAACCCCAAUCGAAACUCAAAAAGGAGUUGAUGCUAGAUUACUUGAACGCUGCUCAAGGCACGGAUGGCCCCAUCCACAUCUCUUACGGUAGCGAGGAAGGAUACCCUCCCUUUGCCCAGGCCUGGCCACGAGCCUGGUCGGCACUAUGCAAACCCAUCGACGGCGACCCUAUCUCCGGCACGGCCACCGGAGCCUUCAACAACGCUGCUACGAUCCAUCCAACAACUAGGGAGAGGAGUCAUGCUGGGAAUACAUACUUUUCCGACAGUACAGCCCGACGACCAAACCUUCGCGUCGUCACGGAAGCGUUCGUCGAGAAGAUUUUAUUAUCCCAACGAAAUGAUGGAAUUAAUAAACUUCGAGCUACUGGUGUUACGUUCAGCACGAAAAAUGGCCAAAGGCGGCAGGUCACUGCCACGCGUGAAGUCAUUCUAGCUGCUGGCGCCGUCAAAUCGCCUCAGCUGCUGGAGUUGUCAGGAAUUGGUAAUAAAAGCGUACUUGCAAAGUACAAGAUUGAUUGCCUGGUGGACAACUCCAAUAUAGGCGAGAACCUCCAGGACCACGGCUUUGUACCCUUUUCCUGGGAGGUGGCUGACCCGAUGACGUCAGGCGAUCAGAUGCGCAACCCAAGCGUGGUCGAAGCCGCUAUAGAGGCUUAUCAGCAGGCUAAAGCAGGACCAUUAUCCGUGAACGCGCUUGCAUCAGCUUUUUUCCCGCUCCAGGAUCAAGAUCUUGUACCCGUAUCUGUCGACCAGCUUCUUUCGGAGCUUGGCCAGACAGAGGUCGAGCCCAAGGCCCUCCGUGAGCAAAUUUGUACUCCCGGUGACUGCUCGGCGCAGUUUACGCUCGCGCCGUUCCAACUCAACCCUUUCCCUGGGGAUUCCCCUUCACAGAUCUUCGGCUUAGGCGCCGAUGGCUUCUACGCGUCCAUUGUAGCCGUUUUGAACCACCCAUUCAGUCGCGGGUCGGUUCAUAUACAAUCAGCAGACCCGCGUUCGUCACCCAUUGUAGACCCACGUGCCAUGUCAAAUCCGCUCGAUUUGGAAUUGCAUGCGCGGCACGUAUUGCUUCUCGAGAAGAUACGCGAUACCUCACCACUGCGGGAACUCUUUAAGGAAGGAGGGCGACGUCUGCACAAUGACGGACAAAGAGUUGAGACGUUGAGCCAGGCUAAAGAGGCAGUUAAGAAUGGGUACACCCCCCAUUACCAUGUUUGUGGAACUGCAGCCAUGUUACCUCGAGAGUCUGGCGGUGUGGUGGACUCGAAAUUGAGAGUGUAUGGGGUAGACGGUCUAAGAAUCGUUGAUGCUAGCGUCUUCCCGCUGAUUCCAAGAGGAAAUAUCCAGAGUUCUGUUUACGCGGUUGCUGAGAGAGCUGCUGAUAUUAUUAAGUCGGGCGAGUAGUGUAAGUAGAAGUAGUUAUUAGAGACUAUUAGUGGGUUUAGUAUUAAGAAACGAGAGCGAGAGACGCCGCUGCAGGUAAGGUUCAGAUUGGCUAAUGUCUCCUUGGUUUAGCCGAAACUAAUCAGAUUCUAAGGAUCAAUCCCUCCCUUUAAUAACUACAAUAUAAAUUUAGAGAUUUAGGAGCUCACUUCCUGUUCUAAGUAAGUCCACCUAAUUAAUCGAAUUUAAUCAAUUGAUUCUAUGCAAUAAGCACCGUUUUGAUUCA